CAUUGUGGGUAGAAAAGCGUUUUGCAAAAGAAAUAUUUUGUCGAAUUUCAUCAGCAGACGCGUCACGAGGAUAAUGGCAGGCGAGGAUUUGAUUGUCCAGUUCCAGCAGCUCGGCAUGAGCGAGCAGAAAGCAAAGGAGACGCUCAAGAAUGCCAAUGUGACGAGGAAUUUGCAAUUGGCGCUGGCCGAGACAAAAUUGCCGCUUGGCGAUGGCGUUGGCAUGUUACUUUACCACAUGGCCACCAAGUUGAAGCCUCAAACAGCGGAACAUCUGCCACUGAUGGUGCGAUAUAUUGUGGAUCGCAAGCUGGACAACACUCAGCGUGUGGACGCAGCUCUGGAAUACUUGCUCAAGUGUGGACAGAAGCUUAAGGCUUCUAUUGAUGUCGCCGAAUUGGAGCGCGAAUGUGGCGUUGGUGUUGUGGUCACGCCAGAGGAGAUUGAGCGCGUUGUGCAGCAAAAGGUUAAGGGCAGCUACAAGCAGACACUGCUGGAGCAGCGCUAUCACUUCAACUCAUUUAAGAUUAUGCAGGAAGUGCGCAAUGAAUUGAAAUGGGCUGACGCCAAAUCCUUGAAAGCAGCCAUCGAUGUGGAAAUAUUUGAUUUGCUUGGUCCCAAGACGGAGGCCGAUAUGAAACCGUUGCCCAAGCAGGCCGACAAACAGCCGAAGACCAAUGCCAAGCCCGAGAUCAAGGCAACAGCGACGGAUGCAGCUGCUCCAACAGACGGCGCCAACACGAUUGCCGAGCUCAUGAAAACAAAGGUGCACUUCCAUGCGCCGGGAGAGAACUACAAGACAGAUGGUUAUGUGGUUACCGAGCACACGGAACAACUGCUACGUGAUCAUCUGAAGGCGACCGGAGGACGUGUCCAGACGCGUUUCCCACCUGAGCCCAAUGGCAUCCUGCACAUUGGUCAUGCCAAGGCCAUUAACAUCAACUUUGGCUACGCUGCAGCUCAGAAUGGUGUGUGCUAUCUCAGAUACGACGACACCAAUCCCGAGAAGGAGGAGGAGAAGUUCUUUGUGGCCAUUCGUGAGAUGGUCGAAUGGCUUGGCUAUAAGCCCUACAAGAUUACGUAUUCUUCGGAUAACUUCCAGCAGCUCUACGACUGGGCAGUGGUACUCAUCAAGAAGAACUUGGCCUAUGUGUGUCACCAGAAGGCCGAGGAGCUGAAGGGUUUCAAUCCACCGCCGAGUCCCUGGCGCGAGAGGCCGGUCGAGGAGUCGCUGGUGCUCUUCGAGGACAUGCGACGUGGCAAGAUCGAUGAGGGCGCUGCCACGCUGCGUCUGAAGCUCACGCUGGAAGAGGGCAAAGUGGAUCCGGUUGCGUAUCGGAUCAAGUUUAUACCGCAUCAUCGCACGGGCGCCACCUGGUGCAUUUAUCCCACUUACGACUACACGCACUGUCUGUGCGACUCCAUUGAACAUAUAACGCACUCGCUGUGCACCAAGGAGUUCCAGUCCCGUCGCUCCUCCUACUAUUGGCUCUGCAAUGCUCUGAACAUUUACUGCCCCGUCCAGUGGGAAUACGGAAGACUCAACAUGAACUAUGCUCUGGUUUCCAAGCGAAAGAUUGGCAAGCUUAUCAGCGAACGCAUUGUCCACGAUUGGGAUGAUCCACGUCUGUUUACGCUGACGGCGCUCCGACGUCGUGGUUUCCCGGCCGAGGCCAUCAAUAACUUCUGCGCCCAAAUGGGCGUCACAGGUGCCCAGAUGUCGGUGGAUCCGGCCAUGCUGGAGGCAUCGGUGCGCGAUGUUCUCAACGUGACCGCUCCACGGCGUCUGAUCGUGUUGCAGCCGCUCAAGGUGACCAUCAGCAACUUCCCGCAUAAGGGACCGGUGGAACUACAAGUGCCCAACUUUCCACAAAACCCAGAGCUGGGCACGCACAAGAUUACGCUGGAUCGUGUGAUCUACAUUGAGCGCAGCGACUUCAAGUUGGAGCCGGAGAAGGGUUAUCGUCGCCUGUCCACUCAACAGGCCGUCGGCUUGCGUCACGCUGGUCUGGUCAUCAGCGUGCAGGAAGCUGUACGUGAUCCAGUCACGAAUGAAAUCCUCGAGCUCAUUUGCACCAGCAAGUCGGCGGAGCAGGCCGAGAAGCCAAAGGCAUUUGUCCAAUGGGUAUCUCAACCUAUUGAGCUGGAGGUGCGUCUCUACGAGCAACUGUUCAAGCACAAGAAUCCCGAGGAUACCAACGAGGUGCCUGGUGGAUUCCUCACCGACAUCACCGAGGACUCGAUGACCGUCCUGCGUGCCUUUGCCGAUCGUUCCCUAAAGGGCGUGAAAGUAUACGACAAGUUCCAAUUUGAGCGCAUUGGUUUCUUUUCGGUGGAUCCGGACACAAGUGGCGACCACAUAGUGUUCAAUCGCACCGUUGGACUCAAAGAAGAUUCAGGCAAAAAAUGAUAAUAUCAGAAUAAUUUAUAUUGAAAGGAAACAAUUCAAGCGCAAUAAACACGAUUUUUGAAAUCAG